AUGGCCCAAACAACAGACGACACCGUGCGGGUGUUCUCCAUGAACUGCUGGGGUCUCAAAUACAUCGCCAAGCACCGCACCGCCCGCCUCCACGAGAUCUCCCUCCGCAUCGCCCGCGCCGCCCCCACGCACGACAUCGUCGCCCUCCAAGAAUUCUGGGUGCACGCCGACUACCUCAACCUCCGCGCGCAAACCCGCUCCCUCCUCCCUUACGGCAAAUUCUACUUCUCAGGCGCCCUCGGCGGCGGGCUCGUGAUCCUAUCCAAGUUCCCCAUCGAGUCCAGCUCCAUGCACGCCUACCCGCUCAACGGGCGGCCCACGGCCUUCUGGCGCGGCGACUGGUACGUCGGCAAGGGCGUCGCCAGCGCAGCCAUCCGCCACCCCUCGGGCCGCCUCAUCGAGGUCUUCAACACGCACCUGCACGCCCCCUACGAGGUCAACGACACCUACCUGUGCCACCGCACCGCGCAGGCCUGGGAGAUCGCCAAACUCCUUCGCGGCGCCGCGCUCCGCGGCUCCAUCGUCAUUGGCGCGGGCGACUUCAACAUGGUCCCCUCCUCGCUCGCCCACCGCCUCAUCACCACGCACGGCCUCGUCGCAGACUCCUGGCUGUCAAUGUACCCCGACACCCCCGCCGUCUCGCCCCCGGGCUCAACCGCAAAGUCAAACAUAGAGAACCUCGGCAUCACCUGCGACUCGGCACUCAACACAUGGCGCAUGCCCGGCCCCGUCCUCCCGUCCCCAGAGACCUACGACAACCACAACGCAAAGCGCCUCGACUACGUCUUCCACAGCCCCGCCACGUCGUGCGUCCGCGACGUGACCGUGGGAAUGACAGAGCCCAUGAGCAUGCCCUCGCAGACGGGCGGAAAGGGCGGCGCCGGCGGCUACGCCAGUCUCUCCGACCACUUCUCGGUGGAGGUACACCUCUCCCUCACGCCCAACCCCGCGCAGCAAGCCGCGCUGGCCGCCGCCCGCGCGCCCGCAAAAGUGCCCGAGGCCAUGCUCGUCGACGUUGCCGGCGAGGCGCGGGCCGGCGAGGCACGGCUGGCGGGGCAGGUCGGCGAGGUGGAGUAUGAGCGCUGUCUCCCCGUCGGCAUCAUCGACGAGGUGCAGGCGCUGAUCCGCGGCUACACGCGGAGGGAGGAGGGGGAGUAUUUUUGGCGCAUUGCGCAUUUUUGGGCGAGCGUGCCGGUGCUGGUGGGGUGCCAUGUGGCCGUGUGGUGGAGCCCGCAUAAUGCCGUUGCGUUUGCGCUGAUGGUGGUGGCGUGGGUGGUGGCCGUGACGGGGACGCUGGAUGGGCUGAUUGGGUUUUUAUUUAUGGGGAGUGAGUUGAGGGCGCUCAGGGAGUUUGAGGAGGAGAUGCGCAUGUACCGACUACUCGCGGUGGAGGACGCCGGGAAGGGCAGCGGCAGCGGCAGCGGGGGUGAGAAUGGUGCGGGUCAGUUGCUCCUCUGA